GCGCUUUACAGCCUGAUUCACACGAAGUUGCACGCGAUGGAACGUGUCCGUGCUGGAAACCAAUAGCGGGUGAUUUCGACUCAAUAUGGAGUAGUGGCUUCCAGAAAGUUCACAUAUUCCAGUUUUGCUUUUGGAUCCCUUUCAAGACUGGCAAUUUUUUUUUAAUAAUUAAAGGCAUCAUUGUGCAGUGCCAUAAUUAUAAUAAGCGUUCACGAGCACGCUUCAUAUAUCGUGAUAGUCGAGUUGCAUUGAGAGCACUGCAUUAUUUUUUUUUUUGCUUUGGCGUACGCAGGGUUUGAUAUUCACAGAAAGUUACGUCGGAUCUGGGCUUUACAGGUCUACCUUUUCUUUUGAGACUCGUGAUCGGUUUCCUGGCACAUAGUUUUCCUUGGUGCAGAAACAUAAGAUGUUGCUGAAAUUGGGAGGGAUGCGGGCCGCUCUGGGUGUGAUGGCGGUGCGCAGAGCCUGCUGUCUAUCCCGCUCGGCUCAUACCUCAUCGCAGACUCUGGAGUACAAGCCUAUUAAAAAGGUCAUGGUGGCCAACAGAGGAGAGAUCGCGAUCCGCGUGUUCCGGGCGUGCACAGAGCUCGGCAUUCGGACUGUGGCUGUGUACUCUGAGCAGGACACGGGCCAGAUGCACAGGCAGAAGGCAGACGAGGCCUACAUCAUAGGAAAGGGUCUGCCACCUGUCGCUGCUUAUCUCCACAUCCCCGACAUCAUCAAAGUGGCCAAGGAGAAUGACGUGGACGCUAUUCACCCAGGCUACGGCUUUCUGUCAGAGAGGGCUGAUUUUGCUCAGGCUUGUGCUGACGCCGGUGUGCGCUUUAUAGGCCCGGCUCCUGAUGUCGUCCGUAAAAUGGGUGACAAGGUGGAAGCUCGUGCCAUUGCGAUCCGUGCUGGUGUGCCGGUGGUCCCUGGAACAGAUGCUCCUAUCGUGUCCUUGCAGGACGCCCAGGAGUUCUCCAACACGUACGGCUUCCCGAUCAUCUUUAAAGCGGCGUACGGUGGCGGGGGCCGCGGCAUGCGGGUGGUGCGGGAAUACGAGGAGCUGGAAGAAAACUACCAGCGGGCCUACUCUGAAGCCCUGGCAGCCUUUGGCAAUGGAGCCCUGUUUGUGGAGAAAUUCAUUGAGAAGCCAAGGCACAUUGAAGUGCAAAUUCUGGGCGAUAAAUACGGGAACGUGAUUCACCUGUAUGAGAGGGACUGCUCUAUCCAGAGGAGACACCAGAAGGUGGUGGAGAUCGCUCCAGCCUCACAGUUAGACCCCCACCUCCGAGACAGACUGACCGCAGACUCUGUCAACUUGGCCAAACAGGUCGGGUACGAGAACGCCGGCACGGUUGAGUUCCUGGUGGACAAGAACGGAAAGCACUACUUCAUCGAGGUGAACUCUCGUCUCCAAGUGGAGCACACGGUUACCGAGGAGAUCACUGAUGUGGAUUUGGUCCAUGCUCAGCUGCAUGUGUGUGAAGGCCGCAGCCUGCCCGAGCUGGGACUGAAGCAGGAUAAAAUCAAGAUCAAUGGCUGUGCCAUCCAGUGCCGUGUGACCACCGAGGACCCUGCGCGAGGCUUCCAGCCCGACACAGGGAGGCUAGAGGUUUUCCGCAGUGGUGAAGGCAUGGGCAUUCGUCUAGACAGCGCCUCUGCCUUCCAGGGUGCUGUGAUAUCCCCACACUACGAUUCUCUCCUAGUUAAAGUCAUUGCCAGCGGUAAGGACCUUCCUGCCGCCUCUGCCAAAAUGAGCCGGGCCCUGGCAGAGUUCCGCGUACGUGGGGUCAAGACAAAUAUCCCUUUCCUCCAGAACGUCUUGAGCAACGACCAGUUCCUUUAUGGCACCGUGGACACGCAGUUCAUCGACGAGAACCAGGACCUUUUCAACCUCAAACCUGUUCAGAACCGAGCCCAGAAACUUCUACAUUAUCUUGGUCAUGUCAUGGUGAAUGGCCCAACGACUCCCAUUCCUGUAAAGGCUAAGCCUUCAUCCAUUGAUCCAGUCGUCCCAUCGGUGUCUCUAGGACCACCGCCAAUGGGUUUCAGAGAUGUGUUGCUGAAAGAAGGCCCCGAAGGCUUUGCCAAGGCAGUGCGUGACCACAAGGGUCUGCUGUUGAUGGACACGACCUUCAGAGAUGCCCACCAGUCUCUCCUGGCCACUCGGGUGCGCACUCAUGAUCUCAAAAAGGUCGCACCUUUCGUGGCUCACAACUUCAGCAACCUCUUCAGCGUGGAAAACUGGGGAGGUGCUACUUUUGAUGUCGCAAUGCGCUUUUUAUGCGAGUGUCCGUGGAAGCGCUUGCAAGAGCUGAGGUCUCUGAUCCCCAAUGUGCCUUUCCAGAUGCUUCUGAGAGGAGCCAAUGCUGUUGGAUAUACAAACUACCCAGACAAUGCAGUCUACAAGUUCUGCGAGGUGGCCAAGGAAAACGGCAUGGACAUCUUCCGUGUCUUUGACUCUCUGAACUACCUGCCCAACAUGCUGCUGGGAAUGGAGGCAGCUGGAGCAGCGGGAGGGGUGGUAGAAGCAGCCAUCUCGUACACGGGUGACGUCUCUGACCCCAUGCGGCAGAAAUACUCCCUGGAUUACUAUGUGAAGCUGGCUGACGAGCUCGUGAAGGCUGGCACACACAUACUUUGCAUCAAGGACAUGGCUGGGUUGCUGAAACCAGAAGCUAGCCGCUUGCUGAUCGGAGCCCUGAGGGAUCGUUUUCCUGACAUGCCCAUUCACGUGCACACUCAUGACACGGCCGGUGCCGGCGUGGCCGCCAUGUUGGCGUGUGCUGAAGCCGGAGCGGACAUCGUGGACGUCGCAGUGGACUCCAUGGCUGGCAUGACCUCCCAGCCCAGCAUGGGUGCCAUCGUCGCCUGCACCAAGGGCAACAAACACAACACAGGCAUAUCUCUGGAUAAGGUCUUUGACUACAGUGAGUACUGGGAAGUGGCCCGUGGUCUGUACGCUCCGUUUGACUGCACAGCCACCAUGAAAUCAGGGAACGCCGACGUCUACGAGAACGAGAUCCCGGGAGGCCAGUAUACCAACCUGCACUUUCAGGCUCACAGCAUGGGCCUGGGCAAUAAGUUUAAGGAGGUGAAGAAAGCCUAUGUGGAGGCCAACAAACUGCUGGGAGACCUCAUCAAAGUGACCCCCUCUUCGAAGAUCGUGGGUGACCUAGCACAGUUCAUGGUGCAGAACUCCCUGACGCGGGCCGAGGUAGAAGAGCGGGCCGACGAGCUCUCCUUCCCUCUUUCGGUGGUGGAGUUCUUGCAGGGACACAUCGGCAUUCCCCAUGGAGGCUUCCCUGAGCCAUUCAGGUCCAAGGUGUUGAAAACGUUGCCUCGUGUGGAGGGCCGUCCAGGUGCUUCCCUCCCUCCAAUGGACUUCAAGAGUUUGGAGAAGCAGCUGCGCGAGACCCAUGGCGAUGACAUCACUCCAGAGGACGUGAUGUCAGCCGCUAUGUACCCCAAAGUUUUCCAGGAGUUUAAGGAGUUUACCACCACCUUCGGACUCGACUGCCUCAACACUCGCCUCUUCCUGGACGGGCCAAAGAUCGCAGAGGAGUUUGAGGUGGAGCUGGAGCGAGGAAAAACUCUCCAUAUUAAAGCUCUGGCACUGGGGGAUCUGAAUAAGGCCGGUCAGAGAGAGGUCUUCUUCGAGCUCAAUGGUCAGCUGAGAUCGGUGCUGGUCAAAGACACCGUGGCCUUGAAGGAGAUGCACUUCCACCCCAAGGCUCUGAAGGACGUCCGGGGCCAGGUUGGAGCUCCCAUGCCAGGCAAAGUGGUCGAGGUCAAGGUCAAGGAGGGCCAAAAGGUGGAGAAAGGCCAGCCUCUGUGCGUCCUCAGUGCCAUGAAGAUGGAGACGGUGGUGAACUCGCCGCUUUCCGGCACUGUCGCAAAAGUUUACGUCAAAGUCGACAGCAACCUGGAGGGUGAUGACCUCAUUCUGGAGAUCAGCGAGUAAACCGAGCAAAGUCACCAAAACAUAUCCAGGGCACAGCUUGGAAAUUGUAUGGGGUUUUACACAAACACAGCCACAUAUACAUAUACACAAACAUAUACAUAUAUACAUGCACACACACAAAACGAAAGCACGCACACAUUUUAAAGCAGAUGUAUGCACAGAUUUUGGAACUGACAGAGGUUCAUUACUUAGUCUUAAACGAUCCUCCACAUAGUUAUUAUUGAAUGUAACUGGAAACGAGUGUUUGUGCUCUGGGUGCGGAAGAAUUCUUGUUUUUGUGUCAUCUGAAUCUAUUUUACAUAAUCACCUGUCAUGUUUAAUCACCAGAGCUAAUGAUCCAUGAGCUGGAAACUAGUGUUACAUUAACAUUGAGUGUCUGUGUUAAUGUGGAUGUCAUUAGAUCUUAGAAACGUGUAGAAAUUGGAUUGUGGCAGUAAGGAGAUGUUUAAUUAUGGAGGGAAAAAAGUAUCGAGCAAUAAAUGAAAAGAGUACAAUUAUGAAAUUACGCCUCUCACAGAAACAAUUUGAAAAACUAUUAAACGAGUAUCGGAUUUCUUGUAGCAUAACCUUUUGGAUGUUGCCUUUAAAUCAUGCGGAAACCAAAAGAAAAAAAAAGAACGUGACCAUGUAACUUCUGCACCUUUUUUUUUUCCUUUUUUUUUUGCAUUCUGCCUUUGAGAGAUCACUGUUGAGACUUGUUAUUGUUCGUGUAACGCCAUUUCGGACAUCGACUAAAUAUCCGUUUCAAAAGUGAAAUAAUAGUGUCAUGCCGAAUGUGAUGUAUCGCCUUGUUAGCACCGAAAGCCUGGGAGCUCUGCUGUGGUUUACCCACAAUGCAUUAGUCAGAGUUAAAGACUUGACUGGCUAGCCUCUGAUGCAUUCUUGGCUGAGUUUCAGUUAUUCACAAUGAACACUGACGAUGAGAUGAGGUCCCGUGAUACCCUAGAGCCCUCGGCGCUCAUGAAGAAUGCAGAGUUAGCAAGAACCUCGUUCCUUGACGCUGAUCUCAAAUUAUUGUUCCAAUUUGCCCCUGAAUGAGAAUAUCACACCAGUCCUGUUACAUUCCUCCUGGGACCAGGAGCACCAUGUUUUGGCCUGCAGAUCUGCAAUCGCUGGCAUUCUUUUUUUUUUUUUUUUUUCUCCUGUUGCUACAGCAAUACAGUACUACAGCACUGCCACUGGAGGUUUCUCAUUUGAAGUGUUAUCUUUUGUAGCUGGAAAUCGAAUGUGAGGUUCGUAAAAGAGCCGUCCAUGGAGAGCACUCAACAACCGAGCGUUCGUACACUUGAAUAGUGCCGAAUCGGUAAUCCAUUAGGCAACACCUGGAGUGCCUCAGCUUGGGCUGUGGAGUACCUUUAAAUUAGGGGCCGACGUUUGAUCGGUAUUGCUGUCUUUUAACCUCCUAACAUUAACAUCUCCACGCUGUUCAAGAGGUCUGCUGAAGCCAUAGUGUAACCAUGCUAAUUUUAGUCGGAAUCACUUGCUACAACUGGAAAUUGAUGUUGUUGAAGAAAGGGCUUCACCCUGUCGUACGCUAGUUUAAAAAAAAAAAAAAAAAAAAAAAAAGGUCAAGAAAUGUUCACCCGUAUGGUCCCACUAGAGUAUCUGCAAAGCCUGUUUAGGGCUUACAAAGAAGAAUUUUCAACACCAUUUCCCCUGUGCUGAGAAAUCCACAGUCUAAAAUCUAAAUGCAUUUCUAUCGCACAAUUUCACGAGUACAAAAAGAACAACCAUUACACCAGCAAUAAAGGUGCACUUAUAAGACAUGGGUCAGGGAAGUCAUAGCAAAGCUGUUUGCAUGUGGAUUUGUAUACAGUUGGACAACACAGCAGGAAGAUCAUCAUUUGUGGUAUCUGUAAGCAGUCUCUUGGAAAUAAGAAUGGAAACUAUUCUAGAAAUUCGUUAUAGAAACAAAACCAUUAAAAAACUAAGUCCACUUGUUUUACUAAACUUAUUACAGCAGUAGGAAAUUGUAUACAGUUAUUUUGGCGAAAUGGUGGCAUAGCAGGUUCCAGGGUCACAGUUCCACAUUUUCUCUACAUUUUCUCUACAUGCUCUCUACAUGGGUUUACUCUGGGUUCACUGGUUUCCUCCUAACAUCUCCAAAUCUCUCAAAAUCAUGACAUUAAAUAGUUUGGCUGCACUAAAUUGUCUUCAGGUGUGCAUUUAUGCGAGUUCCUGGUAUUCCAUAACAAAGUGUAUUUCCAUGGAUAGACCCUAGAUUUACCGUGGACCCCAUACUUACUUAAAUUACACAUACUGUUAUUAAUUCUUUAAAAAUGAUUAACUGCCCCAACAGCGACCCUUAGACUCCCAUGGGUCAAACUCUGUGGAAAAUACAGACAAAACAUUUUGCGUUUGUUACUGUGUUGAGUAAACAUUCACUUUAGAACAAAACCUGUACACCUGCUCUCAUUCAUGCAACUCUCCAGUUGCCGUCUCUCGGCUCUUCAUCUGUCCAAUUCCGGGCAUAACCUCAAGAUUCCUGUUCUUUGCUGACAGGCAUAAAAAUAAAAAAAUGAAAUGAAAAUUGUGUAUUUUGAGAUGCUUUUCUGCUCAUCGUGUUUGUGCAGUUAUUUGAGUUACCGUGGACUUCCUGUCCGACCAGUCAUAGAAGCGCUUUGCAUUUGAUGCACUGCUGUCACAUGAUCGGCUGAUUGGUUAAUGGUUGCAUGAAUGGAGGAAGUUUAAGGUCAGGUAUGUGGUAGAUAAAGAUUGGGGUGAACAUUUUAUAUCUAUAACAAUUUCAGCAGUAAAACUGACAUACUAACAAUAAUGUUAUACAUAAAUAUACACACCUGAAUGUGUUCAAUGAUAUUCCUGAGGUGAAAUGCUAAGGGUGAAAUGAUAUUCCUGAGGUGAAAAAAUGCUACUUUAUACAUUAGAGAAAAUCUUGACUGCUCUAACAGAUGUUUUUAUGAAUAGGGUUUAUGCGGCCAAAAGAACUAUUAUGUUUUAGGCAAUCUAUAAAGAGUUACUGAACAAAUAAUGUUUACUUACUGGUAAAUGAGGGUUUUUAUUGUAACAUAUAAAAACAUGUUACUAAAUUCUUGCACUUGUUUCAAAUAGAAAUUCAGCUUGCUAAAUUAUAGAUAUGUCAGCAAUUAUAAUCAGGAUCACGCUCUAGGGGAGUGGAACUAAUCGUACAGGCUUGUUGGGAAUGAUCAAUUUAAUAGUGUUUGUUGUCUUGAUGUGCAUCUCUUUCCCUUCCAUUUGUUAUGUUAAUGAAUUGUAAGAGUUUAUGCAAAUUCUAGUUUACCACAACCUUUUGAUCUAUGUAGAAGGAAAAAAAAACAUAAAAUAAAAAUUAUAACAGA